AUGCUCGAGUUCCCGUUGCACGAUGGCUUUUUCCCUCAAAUCGCGCUCUCACGCGAAGAAGUCAAGUACUAUAAACGACUGGGGAAAGAACGCGUGACACAAUUGAUUCGGAUCAUCGAGGACGCCGACUGUGCGUACAAAUGGACAAGUGCCACCAGGGAUCGUCGCAGUCACCGGUCGCGGCUUCCUGGACGGUCCCGUCUUCGUGUCGAGUCAAAAGACGACGUGGCUGUUGUGUGUGAACGGGCAAACUUUCUCGACUUUCAGCCUACGAACAACGCGGCUCAGGCGUCUACGCUACUGAAAGCCAGUGUCCAAGUCUCGGAUAUCCACGUGGACGAGAUUUUACGCGCGGUGGCAAAAGUCAAGACGAAAGAGUUCCGGAAAACCAUGCGGUAUCUGCACGAUGACGGUUUUGUCGAUGGCCGGACGUUGUUUACUUUUCCGAGGGAAAGUGUCCGACCAGCUAAAAAUAGCUCCGGGCGAGCAAUCUCGUCGUCGUCCUGUUUUGCUUAUCGUGCAAUUAAAUGGCACGCGUUGAAAACUCAGCGACGUCGACAUGGCGAAGAGGAGAAAAAAGUGGAUUUUUGCUUCUUAGAGUACGCGGGGAAGAAAAAACCUCAUCCGGGCUCGAACGUUGUGGGCUUUUGUAUCCAGGAAUCGAUCUCGCGGGAUCGAGAAGUCCCGACCUUGGAGAAUUUCGGCAUCGCUCGCGGCUACUUAUCAAGAAUGGGCAUCAUUGUCUCAAAAACGCAUCAGGCGAAUACGUUCAACGUGACGGCUAUUUGUCAGAUUGAUGGGGACUUGAACCCCAUUGUUCGCAGUGUGCUGGAAGAACUAAUGGAGAAAACUGUUGGUGCUGUCGCUAGAAUUCCAGGCCUUGUAGCUCGACAGCGAGUGAGCAGUUUGAGGUUUGUCGAGCAGUGGCAAUGGGUCCCGAACUCGGAUCGAAAAGCUUGUGCCGUUUGUCUCCGGGGCUUUUACUUUCGUCGAAAGCACCAUUGUCGAACGUGUGGAGAAGUUGUUUGUUCAUCCUGUGCGUUGCUUCGAGAGCUGGAAGAACCCAUCUUUGAUAUCACGCAUUUGCGGGUUUGUUCGGCCUGUAUGACAAGUGCAGGUGCAAGGCAACAAGAACAGCAGUUGUCAGCACAAAGUAAUACGGGAACAGGUGACGAGCCACCGGUAUCGGGGACUUCGAACGACACCGAGUCGUACAUUCGUGGCUUACGUAGCCCGCAACACAAUUCAUAUGAAGACAUGGUUUUCCGUAUGCGGGAAUCACGAGAUCGUGACCGUCGACAGAGUGACCUGGCUGGUGAUGUCCUCGAGACCGAUACAGAGCUCAAGCCAGCAAGUCCUUUGCGAAACAUUACGGUGAGUCCAGAAAAACUGCGUGCGCAAGACAAGAUACAAGCUCUCACGGAAGUUGUCACGCGGAUUCGUGAAGUGCGUGAUACGAUCAAUCUAUCUAUGUCGGAAGCAGCCUAUGGGCAACGUCAAGACGAGGAGAACAGCGACAAGAUUGAGGAAUUUAACGACAUGUACAGCGAGAUUACAUACAUCCAAGAGGCACUUGAAAGCUCUGUGUUAAAUUAUGAUGCAGCACUGGCCAACGCGACGAAUGCUGCACCCGCCAUGUAUUAUUCUGGACCGAGUACUCGUAGCCAAGAAGAUGGUGACAUCAGUGAACCUGACGAAGAUGAUGGAAUGACGGCCAACCAGUUCGAGUCUGUUGCGCGCAUUACAUUUGCCGCAGCUCGAGCUACAAAAGAGGCUGGUAAAGCCUUUUUGUCCGUUGGAGAGCGUCAACAUGUGCAACAUGAUGAUCUCUAUGGUAAAACGACUCACUUGGAACUCGAUGAUGAUGCAGUAUCAGCCAGUUCGGCUUCCGUAGCAAGCUAUCCGACGUUAGCCGGCAGCUAUAACAGCUCAGGUCAAAGCAUCGACCCGUAUUCAGCAUCGAACUACGAAAAAAUCAUGGCAACUUAUCAGCCAGAGCAAGAUGGUUCCGAGCAUGAUUACGAAGACGACAGGCACUCCUCGUAUAACUUUGCUGACUCAGUCCGCCGUGUGACCGAAAUCCAUGAGCUGGAAAAGAAGAUCCUGGAUUUGCAGCGUAGCCUAGAGGAAGCCCAACAAAAACUGUCUGUCAUUGAUAGCGACGAGCCGGAACCUGAAGUACGUUUACGUCAGCGACUCGAUGCUGCACGUGAUCGUUCAGCGCAACUUGAGCUUGACAGCGUCUUUGAGAUUUUCGGGGAACAGGGAGACGGCAAAGGAGCUACAAUUCUAGGCGAAACAGCGUCUUCUGAGUCACUAAGCGACAUUGGUAUGUCAUCACCGACGAAAACGAUAAGGUCGAGAGGUCUUACGACGCAAGAUUUGGUGUCUGAGCUACGGGGUGUGAUGGCUUCUAUUGAUACUCCUGUUCGUGAUAGUUCUGAACCACGGAAGUCGGUAUUGAGACCAUCGGUUCACCAAAUGCCUUCAAGUGUUGACAAGAGUCCAAUGAGUUCCCGGAUGCUGCCACUUGUAUUGGCCUCUCCGCUUGCUAUUAGCCCGAAUCCGUCGUCUCAACCAGCCAGUAUGUAUUAUUCAGCACACCCCAUGCCAUCGAAGCCGAAAGGAGGAAGACCAGUCAACAGUGAUCUGAACAUUAGUCGUGGCAGUAUCAAGAAACACCAUCACGGACACUAUUCUGGAUCGAAUCGACCUUCGGCAGCACCAACCGAAGGGUCCUACUUACAAGCUCUUGGCACAACUUGUGGGACCCGAUGCGGUGGUGACGAUGACGGUGAUCAUGAUGAUGAUGAGUUUGCUUCUUCAUCGUCGGACGAAGAAAGCUGCAAUGACUCUUAUGACGAGAUGUCGAUGCUCGGCAGUGAUGACUUCAGGGAAGCUCAGUUGAGGAAGUGUCAUAAUGGUUCCGAUCCCUUCUUCAUCGAGGAGGAUUUGGGUGCUCUGCUCAAAUUGCGAAAAGCAGCAGAAGCGGAAGCGGCACCGCCAAAUGACCUCGCUGCAUCGCCCUAUUCGCCCUCAUCACUUGAUCCCGCAAUGGAAAUGGAUGAGCGCAACGAUCUUCGACAUUGGAUGGCAGGUCUUGUCCGUCGACGCAGUUGUUCGUUGCCAUUUCCAUCCGUUCAAAUGGGUGGUGCUUCAUCCGGUGAAUUCCUCCAUGAUAAACCAUCGUGGAGUGAUGACGCGCUGGAUCGUGUCCCAACAGUCCACCAAGUAAAAGAAGCUCUUCACGAAGUCCGAGCGUGUCUAGCAAGUUGUCGCUGCGAGUGUCCAUCCGAUACAGAUCGGACACGAAAACUCACUUCGAUUUUCAAGGUGCUUGGCUCCUUGCAUCGUGAAGGUGUGCGGUCGAAAUUCCGGACUCUCCAGCACGAUGACAUUCGCUAUUCAAAAAUGAUGCAGACCACCCCCAGCAUUAUUAAGCUCCUCAAGCUCGCUGGGUACGUCUCGCUGCAACAAAAGCUCACCAUGCGACGUGUGGAUCCGGACUAUCUGUCACUACUUCUGCAUGAAUUGGAACGGGAACUCUAUUCAUCAUCGAUCGAGACAUGA